CGAAAAGCACGAACCACAACUGGAGCCAAUCUGUAUUUUGAGUAAAAGGAAGGUCAGUGAAAGCAGAACCGUCCCAAAACAUCUCGGUGCUUUGAUUCAGAUGCAAUUUGGGCCGAAUGAACGUCACCAUCACUCGCGGGAGAACUGCCUUCACGAACACGGUGGGCCCCAAGGCAGGAACCUAAAGAUCAAACCGAUUUCUGCAUGUGAAUUCACACACUAUUCAUAUGCUCGGCGAACCCCGAGCGCUUUACAGAUGAGGACAUAUAACCCAACAGAACAGCUAGAACUUCCAUAUGACUUGUUCACCAAACACGAACCACCAAAUAAAACUUAUCGAUCUCGUCACUACAAAUCGGGCAAACAAAUAUCUCCAUCCCUACCAGAGCUAUCAUCUUUGACAAAAAUUGAAUCGGCACACCACUCAAAGACCGCAGAUGGUCGUCUAACGCUAUUGGGCUCCUGCUCCUUUGCACCACUCUCCUCCACACUUGAAACAAAAGAAUUCCUGUGUGCGUUUGCACAUGAUUUAGGCAUCUUUCCAUCAUGCGAACAGUCUCUGGAGGAGUAUCAUCAAACAUCGCAACAACUCUCGAUCCCUUAA